GGGGGACGCGGUACCUGUUUGGGCUCGGUGGCCACCGGCGGCGGCGGGGGCACCGCCUGCACGGGUCCGGCCGGCAUGACUGCGACGCUCAGGGCUGCCAGUCCGCCUCGGUGUAGGUGAGCGGUGCUCCGUCAAAAGAGUUUCCCCUCACCAACAGUACGACAAGCUCGCAAGAUGGCGGCGACCGAACGAGUCGUAGCCGAGGAGGCAAGGCUGACGCACUUCCGGUCCCGCCCCUAUUCCGUGGCGUCACUUCCGCCCCUUCCGCGCAUGAGGCGACCCGCGCGAGACGCCGUUGCCAUGGCAGCGGUCGGGGCGCCCGGCUCUGGUUUGUGGGAGAUCCCAGGCGCGGCGGGCGCGCCGAGAGCAGUUCCAUGAGCCCACCAGACACAGGGGCUGAGGCUGUGACGCCGGAGACUGGGACUGAAGAGCUGCUCGGGGCCAGCCCUAACACAGGAUACAGGAAGCCAGGCACCUGGGUGAUCCUCUGACCCUGAGCCCCAGAGCCCAAAGGCUAGUCCAAGAGCUCGACACACUCAGACAUCCAGCUCCAGGAGCAGGCACCUGGGCAGAGGAGCCACGAGGAUGGCGCACCUGCUGGGCAGCCAGGCCUGCAUGGACAGCUUGCGCAAGGACCUUACCGACCUGCAGGGCGCCAUCGUGGACGUGUUCUCCCGUGCCGGGCCCGUGCGUUUCCCCUCCUGGAAGUUCCCUGACCGAGUAGCCUGUGACCUGGACAUGGUGGCCCUGCUAGAGCACUAUGACCAUGUGCCGAGUGACCCUGAGUUCACGCAGCUCUCCCACGCUGUUCUGCUGGAGCUGGUCAUCGACAGGCUCCUGCUGCUGCUUCAGAGCUGUGCGAGCUAUUUGGAGAACCUCGGCUCAGAGCAGACAGUGCCCCCUGCCCGGGCUGCAGGGCCCUGCAUGUCUGUGGGGCUCACGGUGCGGCGCUUCUGGAACAGUCUGCUGAGGCUGGGCAUGCUCUACCAGCAGGCAGCCCCCCAGAAAAGGGCAAACCAAGGAGAGACCCCCACUUCUAAGCCCACAGCCACCGGCGAGCCAGCCAGGAGCCCUGAAUUUGUGACUGCCAAGUUCAUCAAGCCUCCUUCCCCAAUGCCACUCUUGCCCCAGACCUGCCAAGAGGCAGACAGCCUCGCCGUCAGAGUCUCCCUGCAGCGUCCAGCCGGGACCACCAAGAACACCAGGAGUGUCCGCUCCCAGACCGUGGAGACGGCCCUGGUGCCCUGUGAUGCGUGCACCAGCGUCCAGGGCAGCCUGUGGGAGGUGGGCAAGGUGGUCAUCAGCCUGUGUCAGAGCCAGAACUUGCCCUCGUCCUUAGGCCAGUUCCAGCAGCUGGUGCGGGACAGCGUGGGGCUCAGGCCGCUGCCGGCCACCACCAUGGGCCACUGGGCCACAGAGCAGAGCAAAGACCUGACGCGCCUCAGUAAGCAUGUGGGGGCCCUUACUCAGCUCGUUGGGCCCCUCAGGGCCCAGCUGGAGGAAGCUGAGGGGCAGAAGGAUGGCCUGAAGAAGCAGGUGGGCAAGCUGGAGCAGGCGCUGCAGCAGGAGCAGGGGGAGCGGCGGCGGCAGGCGGACGAGGCCAGGCAGCGCCUGGCCAAGUGGGAGCACGACAAGCAGCAACUGCUCGCAGAAACAAGUGACCUCAAGAGGAAGGUGGCCAUCCUGGAGGGGGAGCUGAAGCAGCAGAAGGAGUCCAUGCAGGCUGUGGAGACCAAGGCCCAGCAGCUGCAGGAGGAGGCCAAGUGCAGGGCGGAGGCCGAGAGGCAGGUGCAGCAGCUGGAAGAGCAGGUGCAGCUGCUGGCAGGGCGGCUGGACGGGGCCAGCCAGCAGAUCCGUUGGGCCAGCACAGAGCUGGACAAGGAGAAGGCCCGCGUCGACAGUAUGGUCCGCCACCAGGAGUCCCUGCAGGCCAAACAGCGAGCCUUGCUGCAGCAGCUGGACAGCCUAGACCAGGAGCGCGAGGAGCUGCGGGGCAGUCUGGACGAGGCCGAGGCCCAGCGGGCCCACGUGGAGGAGCAGCUACAGAGCGUGCAGAGUGAGAGGGAGCAGGGGCAGUGCCAGCUCCUGGCCCAGCAGGAGCUGCUGCAGAGCCUGCAGCAGGAGAAGCAGGGGCUGGAACAGCUGACAACGGAGCUGCGGCUGACCAUCUCAGAGCUGGAACGGGAGCUCGUGGAGCUGAGGGAGCGGGAGCGGCUGCUGGUGGCCUUCCCGGACCUGCAUAGACCCAUCGAGACCCAGAUCCAGAGCUCCGGCAACGUCACGGAUGACAUGGAGAGGCAGGUGGAGGCCAACGACAUCCGCAUCCGGGUCCUGCAGGAGGAGAAUGGGCGGCUCCGGUCGAUGCUGUCCAAAAUCCGGGAGGUGGCCCAGCAGGGAGGCCUCAAGCUGAUCCCUCAGGACCAGCUCUGGGCCCCUCCCAGCAAAGGAAUCCAGGGAGCAACGCCCCCAGCCCAGGCCCAGAGACCAUCCCCAGGGCCCCUGGGCAGGCGGCACCCACCUGGCAGCAGGACGGCUAGUGCAGGCAGGACCCUCACAGGCCAGCCCCGGCUAUCGCUGCCUCAGCAGCCCUGCAGCCGGCCCAGCAAGUCCUCCCUGGAGAAUGUGACCCACUCAACCACCUGCGCCCAGAACCCCAUCUGGGCCCUGGCCAGGCUGAGGAGGAGACUAUCACCGGGCCAGGGCCAGGCCAGCCCUGCACAGCAGCCCCAGGAGCGGCCCAUGUAGCCUGCAGUGAGAUGGGGAUAGAAGGCAAGUGGCUGGUAACCCACCCAAAUGUAAUAAAGCCCCCGCCAUCUGCCCACAGCAGCCUUGGCCUCACAGCACCGGCUGCGCCGGGGGAAGUGUCCUUCCUUCCCCAUCCUGGACAGGGACCACUGAGCCAUGCAGGUCAUCGGCCAGCAGAGGCCUGGCACAUUGUGGGCCCUCAGUAAAUGGGAGCUUCCUGCCUCCCUCCUGACAGGGGCAAUGGGAGAAGAGGGCACACUGAGGGCAGAAGGAAGCUUCUAGCAGCUGGGUCAGGUGAAAGGCAGUCUUUUGAUCCCCAUAGCAAGGGCCAAGGGGUAACCUGGGCUCAGUGACCCCCAAGAACAAAGAGCAGGGUCAGGGGAGGGUGUGUGCAGGGGAGGGAGAGCAGCUACAGAGAUGGGCCCCCUCCCGGUGAGGAUGUCUGAGGCAAGGAAGAAGUCAGAGACUG